AUGGUUAACAGCUUGUGGUUCAAAUGGAAGAAGCUUCGUCUGCCCUGGCGCAAGUCCUUCUUGGUCGGUGAGGAUCUCGCCGGAAAUACCUUCUGGGAGUUCAAAGAUGUGAUGAAUGCAGCUCGAUUCCGACGCAUUGUUCGAUUCGAUCCCAAAACACAUUAUAGUGAUGUUAAAGUGACUCGUGAGUACCGUCAGAAGAUGCAGGCUCGGUCUUGGACCACAUACCUCUAUUCCGGGACAAAGGGGUAUGAGACUCUUGAAUCACAACUGACAUAUUAUCUCAACGCAGCGCAAUGGCACCAAUGGCUGCGACAUGUCCGAGAACAUCCCCCGAGCAUUCAAGAGCAGGAGCAGGAUCUUGUCCGGCAGGCGCAAAUAAAAAAACUCGCUCGACUCGCUGAUGAACGCUGGGCUAGCAAGGCCUCCUUCCUUGAUAAGCCCAAGACCCAACAACAACCACCAACAACUCAAAUAAAUGAAGCGACUUUGAAUCAGCUCAUUAAGCCCGCACCCGCACCCGCAGAGCCGAAGACACAAAAGGUGGAGAAUCCAUGGACCAAGGAGAAAAAGGCCAACCCAGGCGAGGAGUGGCAGCCUGAAGCGUGGUCUCCUAGUUCCAAGCGGUGA